CCAGAUGAACCGAGGCGGCGGAGAGCGAUGGGGUUCGCCGGCGAUGGUGGCGUGUGCGCACUGUUGCGCCGGGCCGAGGGCCCCGAGGAGCGGCGGCUGCUGGAGCUCUUCUCGUACGGGCUGAUGGCGCUGGGCGCCACCUCCGCCUUGCUGCUCUGCUUCAUCCCCAUGCCCUACGGCCGGUACUCCUCGCGGCGCUUCGGCUGGCUUCUGCCCGCCCGCCCCGCCUGGGCGCUGCAGGAGCUGCCCUCCCUCCUCGUCCCGCUCGGGCUCGCCGCCUGUGGCGGGGUGGUGGCGGCCGCCCGGCCCAACCGCGUCCUGCUGGGCUGCUUCGUCCUGCACUACGCGCACAGGGCACUCAUCUUUCCUCUUCUGAUCCGUGCAGGAAAACCAACACCAUUUUUCACUUUUGUGUUAGCGCUUCUGUUCUGUGUUUUCAAUGGAUACUUGCAGGGCCGGAGCUUGACCACCUAUGCAGCUUACCCUCCAGGCUGGCUGGGUGAUUCAUGCUUCAUUAUAGGUUUUUUAGGAUGGUUGAUCGGCAUGGCCAUCAACAUUCAUUCUGAUCAUAUUCUCAGAAAUCUGAGAAAACCAGGGGAAACUGGUUACAAGAUACCAAGAGGAGGAAUGUUCGAGUAUGUCAGUGGAGCCAACUUUUUUGGAGAGAUCCUGGAAUGGUUUGGGUUUGCCCUUGCCUGCUGCACCAUUGAAAGCCUUGCGUUUGCAUUGUGUAGUCUCUUCAUCCUGGGUUCAAGGGCAAGACAACACCACAAAUGGUACCUUGAGAAAUUUGAAGACUAUCCAAAGGACAGAAAAAUUGUCAUCCCAUUUUUGUACUGAGCUGUGCUUUUAACACUUUGAGAUGGAUGCUUUUAGUAACAGCCAACAUUUUACAGAUGCUGGCAGGUUAGCAACACACUCGGACAUCACUGUGACAAAGCCUUUCCAUCAGUGCUGCUAUUUCUUACUGCUUUUUCCUCUUAAUGGUAACCCAGAAAUCUGAUGGACAGGGUGAAUAGGAACAGAAAUGCUUUUCCAGCAGUGAAGCACCUUCAUAAAUGCAUUAGGCAAUGAGUCUGAAUUGGCAUCGUGGGAAGUACUGUGCACGACUUCUGAUGCUUCUUUUUCUGCCUAUGAGGGCUUCUGCUGUUUCCACUCAAUCUAGCCAAGCUGUCCUGAGGAUUGUGCUGUGACCUCAGCCAUCCUCACUGCAAUCUGGAUGGUAUGUUCUGCCUACAUACACAAAUAAGGUUGAUUUUAUUUUUUUUCCUUACCUUGCUAAUCCUUUCAAUUCUCUCCACCUGCAUCUCCAGAAGAGUUGGUGAUGUAGACCAAGGAAUUGGAUUAAUACAGUUGUUUUUAGAUGAGAGGCAGUUUUUCCUUCUCUUUGCACCCUUAAAAAUAUAGGGACACUGUAUAGAUAAUAUUUAAUGAUAUUUACAUAAAAGUUGUACUGCUAAUAUUAAUAUUGUCAUCUACCUCUUAACAUUUACAGCUAUCUCAUAUGCAAUAUGUGUGUUCUCACUCUAAACUGGUUUUGGAAGUCUGCUUAGGGUACUUAGGCCAAUCUAGCAUUGUUAACAAUUGUGUCAUGUUUUCUAACUUAAUUUAUAAAAAAACCUUGAGAUUUAAAAAGAAAAUUUUCUUACUAUGCUGUUUUUAAAAAUCAAGUGUCUUCCUUCUUCUGUUGCUAAUGUUGUAGAUUUUAUAUUCUAAAAUUCUGGAGCCUUGUAUCAGUUCUCAUACCCCAACCUUUCACUCACAAAGGACUCCAGAAUGGUUUCAAGAAUAUGAUGGGAUCCCAAGCAUACAGAUUUUGAAGUUAUCUGUGUCUUCUGCAUGAUUGUAAUAAUAAAGAAUCUUUUAGAAUUGCUGACACAAAAAAAAACCCCAAUAUAACUCAAAGGAAAUCUUAAAACAAAAAAAAAAUCCAAAAAAACCCACCCCAAAAAUCCAACAAAACCCCCAUGUGAACAACCAAAUACUAAUAAUUUAAAAAUUUUUUAAAAACCCAAAUGAAUAUUAAAAUAACAUUCCACAAAACUCUGCUGCUGCUAUAAUUUGAAAAUAAAUGGAAUUCAAACUUUUACCAAGUGUCAUCUGCUCUGUUUGCACUUUUGUGUUGGGUUAUGUUCUUCAAAACAAAUUAGUAACACAAUUUUGCCAGAUGCUGAGUUUUCCAGUAGGCUAUUGCAGCAAGAUUUGUUUUGAUGAAGAGUCAUGAUGCUCGCUGGAAAGAGGGUGGUGAAGAGUUUGAUUUACUCCUCAAUGCUAAAAUUGAGUUAUUGGACAAUAAAAGUCCAAUAGGAUCACAUAAAGCAGAUUCUGAAGUUAAUUUUAGAAUUUGUGUUAAGUAUCAGGAUAUUUCUAAAUCCUGUCAUCUCUGCAGCAUUUUUUAAAAUCUUGUCUAAAUCAUCCCCUAUCAAAAUCUUUUAGUGGAAAAAAAUACAGGAUUCAAAAACUGCUAUGUACCCAUGGUGUUUAAACACUUCCAUAGUUUUUUGUGAAUUAAUAUCUUUAUUGUGUUUGUGGGGCCAGAUUUUGGUGGUAGGGGCUACAGGGAUAGCUUCUGUAAGAAGCUGCUAGAAGCUUUCCUCAUAUAUGCCAGUGCCAAUGCCAGCUUGUGCCAUGGCCAGCCUGCUCCUGACCAAGGCUGAGCCUAUCACAAAGGGCAAUAAUAGUAUAUUUUUAAAAGGAAAAAAAAAUGUCCUUGGGCAGAGCAACAUUGCUGCAAAGUGGGAGGAGGAACAUCAGGUGUUGGAGCUGAGCUUCCCCUGCUGGAGCUGUGCCACUACAGCCCAUGGAGGAUCAUGGGGAUACAGGGAUCCACCUGCAGCCUUUGGAGGAUCCUCAGGCCAAAGCCUGUGCCUGCUUGAGAUGAGGCUGUGAAUCCAUGGGAAGCCUGGGCCUGGAGCAGGAUGGUGGCAGGGAUGUUUGGAGAGAGGACCCCAUUCUAGGGCAGGUUUCAUGGUGGGAUUUGUGACCCUGUAGACCCAUAGAGGAGCAGGCUCUGCCUGAACAGCUGUGCCCUGUGGAAGAACAAUCCACAUUGGAGCAGUUAAUGGAGAAUCGUUGCCUGUGGGAUGGACUCAGAUUGGAGCAGUUCAUGGAGAACUGUCUCCCGUGGGAAGGACCCCAUGUGGCAGCAGGGAAAGGACUCCUCUCCUUGAACAGCAGGAGAAGCCACUGGUGAUGAACUGACCAUAGCCUCUAUUCCGUCUCUCUGCACCUCCCUGGAGGAAGACGUAGUGCUUAGAAAGAAGAGAAUGGUUGGAGGGAAUGUGUUUAUAAGAUGUAUUUUACUUUUCAUUAUCCUGCUCUGAUUUUGUUAGUAAUAAAUUCAGUUAAUAUUCCCAGUCUGAA